CAAUUCUGAAUGUAGUAACACUAUUGGCAGUUUUUCGUGCAUAUGCAACCAUGGUUUUACCGGAAAUGGUGUGACUUGCGAUGGUAGGCAAUGCAAUCUUGUUAUUACGGGCAACUCAAUAUUGCAAUCAGCAAUCACUUUGUAUUCUUUUCUUCACUUCUUAUAUUUCUUUGUAGACAUUGAUGAAUGUUCUCUAUCUAUUGACAACUGUCGACAUCAAAGCCGAAGCUGUAUCAACAUUGAUGGAUCUUUUUUGUGUAGUUGCGGUAGUGGAUAUUCUUGGAAUGGGACGGCUUGUGAGGGUAAAAGAUUGCAGUAGGCUACACCACAUAAAAAGCCAAUUUUCAAUAUUUUCAAUAGAUUAAAUACCAUUUCUGAUACACCCUAUAAUAUGAUACAUUUUGAGACAUCCUUCCUGUGGAGUUUCGUUUUGAAGUAUCUUUGCUUUAUCGACAUUAAUUAAUAGACUUUUUUUGAUUUUCAUAAUUUCGCAGGAUUGUAUAAAUAUCUGUUCGCAUGCAGUUCGCCCAGGUAAUGCUAUAUAUAGUAAUAUUGGAUUUUAUUGCCUUCAUUCACUUAUGUAUAUUGCUGUGAAUUUUUACAGGGAUAUCUGUCAGGCUGCAAGGACCAUCAAGUGACACUGGCACUGGCCGUGUUGAAGUCUUUUACGGAGGGCAAUGGGGAACUAUCUGCGAUGAUUAUUGGGAUAGAGAUAAUGCUGCAGUUGUAUGCCGUCAACUUGGUUAUCUAAAUGCUGUUCGAGCUCUCCGUGGCUAUAAUGUUCCUGAUGGUUCUGGAAAGAUUUGGUUAAGGGAUGUACAUUGUAACGGGAAUGAACAAAACUUGACCAGCUGUUUACAUGGCAGAUGGGGAAGUCAUAAUUGCGGACACGAUGACGACGCAGGGGUCGUAUGUUCUUCAACAGGUAAGUUUACGGAAAAAUAAAUACUUUAGGCACCACAAAUAUAUGAGUGUGUUUUUCUCCAUGUAUACCUUGUGUACAAUAUAUCUUAAUCCUAUUUGUUCUGGGGGUGUGCACAAUUUGCGCAUCCCUAUAAUUUUGUGUCGGUCGACAUCCGGCAAAAGUGAUUCUAUUCACCUGCUUGAGCUUUUAUGACUUUUAAUAUUUUUCUUCUGCGGUCAUGACUGUGAAAAGAAAUUUCAGAAAAUUCAAAGAUGUACGUACUUUUGACGACAUCCGUCAAACAAGGCGCCAAUGAUAAACAAUGAAAACAAAACUGAGUUGGUCAUUUAUAACAGUAUUUUUAGGCUGAAUCACUUCCAAGGAUAGUUAUGACAUGCAUGUAUUAUAUGUUUCUUUCUAAUUGAAGACGAUAGCGGUCAUGCUAGUCAUGCAAUGACCGCAAAACUGCAGCUGUGAAUGAUAUAUUUGCGAAAUCCAAAAGGUCGUUUUAUUCUUUACCUUCUCCGUUUCUUUCUAAUUGAAGGCUAUAUAGCAGUCAUGCUAGUGUAGCAAUUACCAACAAAUUUAAAAUUAUUAUCAUUAUUUCUUAGAAACUGAUUGUUUUUACAGUCAAUGAACACGAAAAUAUUUGCAUACCGGCACUAUAAGUCGUCGUUGCAGUUUUCACUCGUUUAUAGAUUCUAAAAUCGUUUCAGCAUGACUGACCAACUGCAGAGCAACUUUAAGGUGGCUCCCUACAGUUACAGUCCAGUUUAAAACAUUUAUAUAGCUCAGACGUCAUCCUCGCGAUUCGCGCGUGGAACCUUCGUGGCCGGUAAAUAUCUUGAAACAAGCCGCGGGAAGUUGUUUUUGUACUUUUAUCUACAAAGAAAACGCCAGUUUUUUAUUAUAAUCCUAAACUUUUCAACAUUCGAACAGUACGUAUUGUUGUUAGUUUUUUACCUACCUUCAGUGUCUCUCUUUUUUAUAUAUUUAGUACGUUCAGUACUGUAUUUCAUAAUGCUCAAAAUGUUCAACAACAGUGUCACGGACUGAAAUGAUAUUUUAUGCUGUCUUCAAGGCACUCCUGAACUGUCACUGAAACUUACGUAAAUCCUGUCAUUCAACUCAGUUCACAUGUAGUUUUUUAUCUACUGAAUCCAAUAAAACUAUAAUACAGACAGUUACGAGUUGUUUUAUACGAAAUGUCAAACUCUACGUCUCUACUUGAAUGUUUUGAAAAGUUUUCACACCGAUUCUCACAACAAAACUAAAUUUAAGAAACGUUGGAUUAAGUCAGUGCGUUAUUGUGUUCUCAAUUUUUCGUAUUUUGAACAUGUAUAUCUUUUAUUUUCAUUUCAAAUAAGUAAAAAAUAUCUGUGUGUUACAUAUAAGCCAAAAACUCCAAGUGAAAAAUGCUAAAAAAGCCAACUAUAAACCGUACACGUUUCGUGUUCCUCACGCAUUAUAAUUUACACGCAUGCGCAAAUAGUGAUCAUGUCGAAUCGAUAUUUUGUCACGUCAAUAGCUUCAACUGGAUUUAGGACUAUUUUUAUCGCGUUUCCUUCGCUGAAAUUUUUUUAAACUUUGCACGUUUGCUAAGCAUGACGAUUGGCCAAUCAUAUCAAAAUUUCAAGAAAUUCUAUAAGACAAACUUUUUGUAGCCGUAAUUCAUAAAUAUCUCAAAACCUACCUUAUAAACAUCCCUUCAAACUUUAUUAUGUCAUUCCUCUUUCAACCAUAAAUCUUAAAAAAAAAUUCAGAAAAAUUAACCGAAGGAAAAAAAGAAUAUUAUUGCCGUUUGAUUGUAAACUUAGACAAUAAAAGAGCAAACGAUGAAACGUCAUGGUUGCCAUGGCAACACUAACUCUGUUCCUAUUUGUUCAUAUAUCGACAGCAGAAGACUUCUGAACUUUCCUGAAAGAGGUUAUAUUGCCCUGUCUUAAGUGUGUUCAAAAUAAACUUGGUUGAAAUACCUAAAAUACUUAAAAUUUAACUGUAGGGAGCCACCUUAAAAGUGGUUUCCAACUGUUCUUGCACGACUGUGACACGGUCUAUGGGUGUUUCUCUUUGAUUUUUGCCCCCAAUAGCUUAUGAUUCCUCCAAAUUUGGCUAGCUUUGGCCCCUCGUAAUAGGCAUAUUUCCAUAGUUACAGCCUCUCUUCACUAUAUAAUCCUUGCCGUGGUCACCACCUUUCUGGUGGGAAGUGAUUUCACACGCAAAUAAAGUUAUAUUCACCCUUACAAAAUAAACACAAAACCUAAACAUGUCCGCCACAGUCACCCAAUAUAUAAAAUAAAUGAAACCACUCAACAAAUUCCACUAGGCGUCUUUUUUAUUACAAUUAGUAGUUCCUACCACAAGAUGUGGCACUCAUCAGAUUUAUUAACCUUGUGACCACAGCCAAAAAUGUACAGUACUUAUGUACAAAUAUAACCGUUUAAUUAAUCGUUAUAGAUGUGGAUGAAUGUUCCAGAGCAUUGCACAAUUGUGGCAGUAAAUCUCAAUGUAUCAACACUAUUGGGAGUUUUUCAUGCAGAUGUAACCAUGGUUAUAUCGGAAAUGGCGUGACUUGCACUGGUAGGUGAUGCAAUCUGGCAAGUCAGUGCUGCAAUGAUUUCGUGCUUUUUUCUUCAUUUCUUAUAUCUGUAUAUAGACAUCGAUGAAUGUUCCCUAUCUAUUGACAACUGUCCCCAAAACUCAAGCUGCAUCAACACUUAUGGAUCUUUUUCCUGCAGUUGUGAUAGUGGAUAUUCUUGGAAUCGGACAAUUUGCGAAGGUAAAAAUUUGCAUAUUACAUCUCAAAGAUAAAUUUCCAUUAUUGUAAUUAAGAAACUAACCAUCUACAAAAUUAUUUUAACAUAUUUUAAAAUUUCGAGACAUAAUUGUACAUUUUCCCCAUCUUUUGAAUUUAUACUUGCAAUUAUAAUUAAAUACUGUUUAUAACUUUUUUAUAUAUUACGGUAUAUUUUGAUACAUUUCUCAUUGAGAGUUUGUUUUAUAUAUUUAUGGUUUGCCGAAGAAAAAUUUUUUGCCCAGGGAAAACUUGCGGUAACUGGAUUUAAUUCUUUUUGCAGCGAUAUCUCUCAGGUUACAAGGCCCAUCCAGUGAACGUGGAAAAGGCCGUGUGGAAGUAUUCUACAGAGGACAAUGGGGAACAAUAUGUGAUGAUGGUUGGGAUAUAAAGGAUGCUGCAGUUGUAUGUCGUCAACUCGGUUAUCUAAAUGCUUUUGCAGCUCUUGGAGGGAGCUCUGUUCCCGAUGGUUCUGGCAAGAUUUGGUUAGAUGAUGUUGAAUGUAAUGGGAGCGAACUAAACGUGUCCAAAUGUGUACACAACAA